AUGUUCUGUGGAAAUCAGUUAUCCUCUUCUCCAGUCACUCCCAUCAUUGCCCAGUUGGCUUAUGAACAAAGUGGCAAUGAUGGCAGAGAUGAUAUAGCUACAGCCAUUGCUGAGUGCCCAAUCUACCAGCAGCAGAGAACAACACUGUUGACUGAAUUUAUCUUCACGGUGUUUUCCUGGCUUCAGGGUGGCAGCCUCUUCUACUUCUUUCCUUUAUUUUUCAUCUAUACGUUUAUUGUCAUUGAUGACCUAUUGAUCUUGGCUGUAAGGUUGGACAACAAUCUCCACAAUCCUAUGUAUAAUUUUAUCAGUAUCUUUUCAUUUUUGGAGAUCUGGUACACCACAGCCACCAUUCCCAAUAUGCUUUCCAACCACAUCAGUGAACAGAAGUCCAUCUCCAUUACUGGCUGCCUCUUGCAGAUGUAUUUCUUUCAUUCACUUGGAAAUUCAGAGGGGUUCUUACUGAUCACCAUGUCCAUUGACAGAUAUGUUGCCAUCUGCAACCCUCUUCGUUAUCAGAUGAUCAUGACCCACCCCCCCCUCCCCGCGCCCCCGCUAUGUGCUCAGGUCUCUGCAGGCUCCUGUAUUUUUGGCUUCCUCAUCCUGCUUCCUGAAAUUGUGAUUAUUUCUACACUGCCCUUUUGUGGGCCCAACCAAAUCCGUCAGAUCUUCUGUGAUGUGGUCCCUGUACUGAGCCUGGCCUGUAUAGGCACCUAAAAAAAAAUGAUUCUUACUGAGGAUGUGAUUCAUCCUAUGGCCAUCAUCAUUGCUGUCCUAAUCAUAUUUUAUCUUUAUAUAAUCAUCACUGUAAUUCUGAGGAUUCCCUCUGCUGAGGGUUGGCAAAAGACUUUUUCUACCUGUUCAGGCCAUCUCACUGUCUUCCUAAUCUUCUUUGGCAGUGUGUCUCUCGUGUACUUUUGUUUCAAUGCCACUUACCCACCAGUUUUAGACACAGUCAUUGCACUAAAAUUUACUGUCCUUACCCCAUUCUUCAAUUCCAUUAUUUAUAAUCUGAGAAACAAGGAUAUGAAGGAUGCAAUUAAAAAACAUCUUGGAUAUGCAGGUAGCUACACCAUUCUUGUCAUAAGAACUAGACCUCUGACCUAACAAAAAAAUAACUAAAAUUAAAGGGCUUCUUAAAAGGGCAGCUGGGAGUGAGGAAAAGAGUCCUGAUUGGAUUUAAAAUGUUGAUUCUGCAUGGUGUUUGAAACUGUAUCCAACUGUUUUUGGACCUGAAGCAGAUUAAUAGUUUUAAAAAAGAAAGAAUUCUAAAGCAGAAAAACAAACAAACAGUAAUGUCACCAACAAAAACCCUUCUUGACCAAGGAAUGUGCCUCACAACUUUAUGGCAGCUUCCCCAGGAAAUCUGUAUUAUUUUUCCAUGGGCAACCAGAACUCAAAACUUAUAUGCAAACUUUCCUUAAGUUUUUAGCAGCAUGGGUUGGAGAGAAAAACGAACAAUGGGUGCAAAAGACCUUGAAGUACAGCAUUCACUCCAGUGAAAAACUGCAGAAACUGUAUACAUGAGUACCUAUAUACAUAAAAAAAAAAAAUUGCUGCUGAGUUAAUUCUAAUUCAUAGCAACCCUAUAGGACAGAGUAGAACUGUUCCCAUAGGGUUUCCAAGACUGUAAAUCUUUAAGGAGCAGACUGUCACAUCUUUCUUCCACGGAGGGAGCAGCUGGUGGGUUCAAACUGCGGACCUUUCAGUGAGUAGCCAGAGCUACCUUCCUACAUGCCCAAAUAAUCUAGUAAAAGAAAGACAGCAGGAAAGAAAGGAAGGAAGGAAGGGAAAGAGGGAGGGAGGAAGGGAAAGGAGGGAGGGAGGGAGAGAAGAAAGAACGAAGGAAGAAAGGAAGACAGGAAGACAAAGACACAAAGACCAUAGAAGGGAGGGAGAGAGAGAGGUUACAAGCAAGGAGGAGGAAAAUUCACUUCUUUUCCUUUGUGGCUAAACUAUGUUAUGGGAGACAUACACAAUUUCUUACAUAAUUGGAUUAGAAAAAUUUUUCCUUCUACAAAGAUUAGCAAGCAUAAAAGCAACCACAGAGAGAGAGGGAGAGAGAAAAGGAAUGAAGUCAACAAAAAUGGUAAGGGGGCAGAGUGGGUAGCUCCAAAAGCCCAUUCCUUUACAGAAACACUAAAAAGUAUGAGCAAAACUAUAUGAAUUAAAUUUGCUGGAACUCUAGGAAAUAGUCAAAAUUUCAAGCAAUCAAGAAAAAAGGCCACUUAAAAAUUAUAGGGGAGCUUUGCACCAUUUUUAAUUGCUCUUGCUAAACUCUCUUCCCCGGCUCUAUGGUGGUCUUGAAGAUGCCAGCCUGUGUUCCAGGUGUGGGACACUGUUCUCUGCUUCCAGGGGAAGCAAAGCAGACCUUGUUAUUAAAACUUGUGUUUAUUUUGACUUGUCCUGAGGCUACCUGAAGGACUGAGACACGGUAGUUGCCUUGGUUUCUCCUAACUCAGAAUUCUGUCAAGAAGGAAAGUGGCUUUGUGGAGGGCAUUCUUUGAAAAUAUUGAAAAGCAAAUAAACAACCCACAGUUUCCUGGAGCAAAAUAUUAUAGUAGAGGCAAACAGUAAACACACAAAAAUCCUGAGAGGAAAAGUUGGGAAGACAAGUUCUUUGGGGAAAUUGGGCAUUGAAAGUUCCUGUGUAUACAGGGAAUUUAGAAAGCUGCAUGGAUGCCCAAGGCAGAACAAAUAUUCAGUACCUGAGGAGACCCUCAGGUCUCACG